AAAAAAAAAAUUACCGUGGAAGAGAGAGUUGGAACUUUGACGGAGUUAGCACAUCAAAGCAUCCAUCUAUUCUCACGUUUCCACAAUCCAUUCCCCACCCACUCACCAGCCCUUUGCCAAACACCAAAACUUACUUAGCUUUCAAGACCAACUACCUCUGUCUCCCCGCCCUCUCUCUCUUGAAAUUCUAGCCACCACCCCAACUUCGUCGGCUUCAAUCCAUGAUAACUCUCCUCCCUUCUCAUCAUUCCUUCAUCUCCCUCUCUCCCUCUCUCUGUCUCUUCCAUGGCGAAAGAAAUGGAAUCGGACCUAUUAACUGACGGCAAAGCAACAACAGAAACGACGACAGAUGCUUUGGCGACGGCGCUCAUUAAGUGUCCCACCGUCGGCGUAGAUUCCCGCCAAAUGAAGUCGACAACACCGUCGCCAAUCCAGAGGCAGGGGAGCGCUAAGGAGUACUUCAGCGGUGGCGGUGAACGAGAUGAUGGCUACUUCGAUGCACAUCCUUGGUUCGACUCCGAUAACGAGGAAUUUCGUAGUGUAAACGGAGAUUUUGGUUCAUCGCGAUCAUUCACUCCGAUCAUGGACCGAAUUGAUUCGGAAGAAGCUGAUGAUCCGGACACACUAUCAACUCCUCGAGUACUUAAUCGAUCGUCGACGACGAGUAGCAACACAGGCUACCUUAAUGUGCGACCUUCUAGGUCUUCUUCUUCCAGUGCCAAGAAGCAGCUAAUUGAGUUCUUUAGCGACAGCUUUAGUCGCGAUUUGAGAACGGAGAUGGAAGAAGAAUCGAUCAGCAAACAGCCUUCGGGAGGCUUUCAAAAGUACAGUAGUGGAACCUCUUCUUCAACAAGUACCGACCGAAGCGUGAGCAGUCCACGAGAGUCCAUGUCCAAGCCGAUUUAUAACGAUCCAAGAACGACGACGAGGACGACGAGCAAGAAAUCCGCCGUUAAAACCUCUUGCAUUUUGCUGGUCCGGAGCCUCAGCUGUGGUGGCGGUGGUGGUAAUGUUGCUGAGGGUGGCAAGAAGAAGAAGAAGAAGCGUAGCCGUCGCCAUGACUUCAAGCAGUAACAAGACAAGAUCGAUGCAUACAAAAGAAUCAUAGUCCAUUGUAAAAAGGAACAGUUUUUGUUAAUUUGCUUGUGAUAUUGGUUUGUGGGAUUUCGUCAAUUUGCUUUUUCUUUUGAGGGUAUGAAGUGUCUGGUUGAUAAGAGCAUCUCCAUCGGUCACAUUUUGCAAUUGCAAAGUGACGUGGAAUGCUUGCAACUGUAAUUGCAUUGCUGUAGGCCUCAAUUACACUUUUGCAAUCUUGCAUAUAAUGCAAGUGGGAGUGAAAGCCAACAUGGCUAUUUUUAUGGGAAGGACCG